UCGUCUAUCGAAACCAAAGAUGACCUAACAGCACAGUCUAGCGAAGGAAAUCGUUAGAGCUCCCUUUCUCUGAACUUGUAGUCUGGAGACUUUUCUUCCGGGGGCGGGGACCAGUGAGAAGAUUUUUAGGAUACGCCCCCUUUCCCCCCACAACCCCCAUGCAGCUCCGGCUGGAGUUUAUGUCUGGAAGGACGGAUUUAGCUAUCACAGGGCAGCGGAGCAUGAGAGGAUCUUGGGCACUUUGUGUGUUUUUUUCCCUGACGACACUUCAGACAGGUCCUGAGGAAGUUACUAUUCCCUCUCCCUUAGUCGUUGGAAACCAAGGCAGCAUUUUAGGAAGUUGUCCUUGUGACCAGAAGCUUACCGAGUCCCUGGAUUCUACACUUUGGAAAUUACUCACUACUUAUCUACGGGGAUAUGAACACUGCCGCAACUACAUAAGGUUCCGCUUGCCCAGAAGAAAUCUGUGUGCAAGUCCCCAAAAUACUUGGGUCCAGGAGCUUAAAAGUUGCUUUGACAACCAUGAAUGUGGAUUCUCCAGGAUAGACCAAACUGCAAAUCAGAUCAAACAGGAUGAUUACACAACCACCAGGACCCAGGGCUCUAAGCCUCCAGGACUGGACCACUUACCUCCAUUUACCCCUACUACCCACCCAUCCUCCCAGCCCAACUGGUCAACAAGAACCCAGCCCAGAGGAAUGAGAGAUAGAUAUUUCAGUGACACCACCAGUGCCCCACCAGAGAACACCAGCAUCAUAAACCUAAAGUGGAGAGUUGAGAAGGGGCCAGUAGAGCAGCUGGGCACCUCUCCCAUCAUACCUGUCCUGUGCCUACUUGCAAUCGUCUUUGUCCUUACGGUAGCUCUUGUUUGUGUUUUGUGUCUGAAGAGAAGAGCUAGACAAUCUCCAAAGCAGCACUCCAAAGGUAAACAUGGGAUCCAAGUGUUCUGGUCCCAUAAGUCUCAGUUGCAACAAGGACAAAGGGAACCUGCCCUUCUAGGCUCGACUCCCUUCCCAGUCCCUGAUCCUUCAUCUCAGAAGUUAUCUAUCAUACUGAAAAAAGUACUGGAUUCAGAGUCAGAGGAACAAGGUUUAAAUUCUGCUACUAUAUGACUUUGGGCCUUGGUUUAUCAUCAGUAAAAUGAGGGUUUUAGACUAGAUGACCUCUUAAGUUCCUUCUAACCUCAUAGGAUGUUUAUGAAAUAAUUUCUCCUCUCUGGGCCUCAUUAUUCUUAAUUCUACAAGUGAGUUAGAUUUCCUUCCAAUUCAGUGGCAGAAGCAGGAGCUGAAAUCAGGUUUCCUGAUUCAGAGUACAGUGCUCUGCUCAUUAUACCACACUUUCCUACCCAAGCACCUUAAAGAAGAGGAAAUAGAAUUCCUGACUCAACUUAAGCUAGUUAGUGGCAAAGGUAGGCCCAUAAAUGGUCUUCUGACUUCUAGUUUAUGGCUAAAUCUUGCAUAUAAUCUUCAUAUGCUAAGUGCACCAUUUGGACCUCUGAGGAGAACUCAAAGGGGCCAUAAGACAGUCUUUGAUUUUCUGGCUAAGGAAAGAAGACACAUUCCUAAAAAAGAUAUUGAACAGUACAAGGAUAAUUGGCCAAGUGCUAAAUGGUAGAGGCAGUCAUUGUAGCACAGGUGGGGCCAGCUGGAAAAAUAGUCACAUAUGACAUGAGAGGGGCCUUUGGAAAAGCAUAAGAAUUGGAUAAGCAGAAGAAAGUAGGCACAUAAACAUUCUAGGACAGAUGCAUUAUUUGAACAAAGACAAAAGACAGGUUCUAGCAUCCAUGAAUAGGUCAGUUUUUCUAGAGUAGAGAAAAGGAGUGGGAAAUGAAGUUGGAGAGAGAAGCAGGGCCCAGACUGAACAAGGUCUUGUUGCCUAGUUCAAAAGCCUUCAGGAAAACCCCUCACUAUACAUAGCCCCCCAACUCCUAUAUUCUUUAGAGACCCAGCCUUCUUUCUCUCUCAUCCUUUUAGGUUUUGAGCAGAUAAUCCCUUAUGAGACAAAUCCGUCUGACUCCUUGAUAUGAGCCAUGCUUCAGCUAUCUGGACACAGGUUUUUCUCCAAGACAUUCUACAAUUACGUUCAUUUCUCCUGUGCCAUUGUGUAUUCACUAAACAUGAUGAUUGUUCUCUAAUUUGAGUCUAUUCUGCAAUCAAUAUCUCCCAGACAUUCUCUUCUGCUUGACAAUUUUAUAUCCCAUCAAUAUUUCCCCUUUAGUUCUCUAUUCUCUUUCUACCAAGUUAGCUAAUUUACUUUUCCUGCUCCUUACCCCAGUCCCAGAGUAUUAUCUUGCUCCUUUCUAUCCCUAACAUAAACUUGAAUUCACCUCCUCUCCUUUUAUGCCCUGAUGAAUUAAUUAGAUGUCCUUAGCCCCUCUUACCCUAUAAAGCAUGGAAAAUAUAGGCUUAUCUUAUUUAUUAAAAAUCAGACCUUCUUUCA